AUGGGCGUCGCCAUGAAAAGGCCGAGUACGAGCGAGUGGGAUGAGAGCGAUACGAGUGAGGAGUGGGAUUGGGAGGAGAGUGAGGGGGAGGGGAAGGGCCCUGGAGACUCAAUGUACCACGAUUACAGGCAGAUGCAAAGGAUGACAUUUUUGGUGAGCAAGCUCAAGGAGCAGGAGGAGAUGAUGAAGAAGGAGAUGGGGAGGGUGAUGGAGUUGAUGGAAAGGUUGGGGGUUAGGAGGGAGGAGGAGCAGGAGGAAGGGAAAGGAGAGGCGGAGGAGUUUGGGAUUGAUUGUCAUGAUUUGAGUUUGGAGAAUGUGUUUGUAGAUGAGCAGGACCAUUCCAAGAUCGCAUGCAUCAUCGACUGGGAAGUGACAAUGACCCGCCCCCCUCUGGGCAUGUGCACACAUCUCCACCUUCCUGCAAUCCUCCCCCUUCACUGCCAAGAUCUUCCAUACCACGAGCGAGAAGCUCGCACAGUGACCCUGGGCUGGGACCAUCAACAGGUGGCCAGUCAACCUCGUGCAGAUCAUGGGGGAGUAGCUGCACCACGAGGCAGGUGGGGUGCAGCUGUGCAUGAGGAGGAGGAGAAGGAGUGGUUUAGGAGCUAUGUGCAGGAGGGGGAGGAGGAGGGGGGAGAGGACAUCAGUGAGGACUUGGCCAGGCUCACCGGUGUCAGGUGGGGGUGGAAUGAAGAAGGGCGUGAUGGAGGUGCCUGGGCACCCGCUGUGCCAUUGGUGAAGAAGGUGGUGGAGGUGGAGAAGGAGUGGGAGAAGGAGUUGGUGCCUGCAGAGGAUAUUGGUGGGGGGGUGGGAAGAUGGGGAUGGGAGGGUGAGGUUGAAGAGGAGGUGGGAGGGACUUGA